AUGGGGGAGGCUUGUCUUAUCCAUUCUGAGUAUUUGGUCAAUGUAAUUCCAGCUGAGUAUAUGGUCAAUGUAGUUCCAGCUGAGUACAUGGUCAAUGUAGUUCCAGCUGAGUAUAUGGUCAAUGUAGUUCCAGCUGAGUAUAUGGUCAAUGUAGUUCCAGCUGAGUAUAUGGUCAAUGUAGUUCCAGCUGAGUAUAUGGUCAAUGUAGUUCCAGCUGAGUAUAUGGUCAAUGUAGUUCCAGCUGAGUAUAUGGUCAAUGUAGUUCCAGCUGAGUAUAUGGUCAAUGUAGUUCCAGCUGAGUAUAUGGUCAAUGUAGUUCCAGCUGAGUACAUGGUCAAUGUAGUUCCAGCUGAGUAUAUGGUCAAUGUAGUUCCAGCUGAGUACAUGGUCAAUGUAGUUCCAGCUGAGUAUUUGGUCAAUGUAGUUCCAGCUGCACUUUCCUAUAAAGUUGGAUACAUUAUCUUGUUUGUCUCUUGA